AUGAACCCAGCUGAUAAAGGAACUCCUGAUGCAUGGGUCAAACGAGACGAGAGAUUGAUACGUCUCACAGGACGACAUCCAUUCAAUUGCGAAGCGCCACUGACGGAUCUAUACGAUGCUGGAUUCCUUACACCGUCUUCAUUGUUCUACGUCCGUAAUCAUGGUGCGGUACCUGAAUUCAAAGGAAAAGAUCCAAACGAGUGGAUGGUGAAAAUAGACGGACUUGUCAAAAGACCCAUGAACAUUACCCUUGGAGACUUACGUCGAGGUCAUUUUCAGACCGUCACUCUUCCAGUAACCAUGGUAUGUGCCGGCAAUAGGCGCAAAGAGCAAAACGCAGUGGCCCAAUCCCUGGGUUUCAGCUGGGGUAGCGCUGGUACCUCUACGGCACUUUUCACCGGUGUUUACCUUUCAGAGGUGUUGGAAUAUGUGGGUGCCAUGGGGAUUCGUGAUGGAGCUCGUCAUGUGGUAUUUGAAGGAGCCGAUGUACUUCCUGAUGGACCGUACGGUACUAGUCAGACUAUCAAUACUGCAAAAGAUAAAGGAAAAGGUCUCAUGUUAGCUUGGGCCAUGAAUGGCUUACCUCUCGAACCGGAUCAUGGAUACCCAUUGAGAUUGGUGGUUCCUGGUCAGAUUGGUGGACGUAGCGUGAAGUGGUUAACCAAGAUCACAGUAUCCGAGAAAGAGUCUCAACAUCAUCUUCACUUCCGAGAUAACAAGGUCUUACCAACGGAGCUGACAGCUGAUAGGGCGCGAACAGAGAGCCAGUGGUGGUACGAUCCGAAGUAUAUAAUCAAUGAUCUGAACGUCAACUCUGUCACGUGUUACCCGCAGCACGAGGAGAUCAUUGAGAUGAACAAAGAUUUCUCAAGUUCUACAAGUGAUAGAGAUCAAGGCUCGGAACCGUCAUCGUACAAUCUGCGAGGAUAUGCUUAUGCAGGUGGCGGUCGUCGAGUGAACAGGGUCGAGUACUCGCUUGAUGGUGGUGUUCAAUGGAAAUUAGCCUCGAUUGUUUAUCCGGAAGAUCUUUUUCGAAAGAUUAUCAAUCAAGAAGCAGAUCCAAAAUUAUGGGGUACAUUCGAUGUCUGUGAACGAGAUCAAUGCUUUUGUUGGUGUUUUUGGAAUGUUCAGGUUAGCCUCAAAGAUCUUGCGAAUGCGGAUGUUUUUAUGGUGAGAGCAAUGGAUUCUUCGCUCGCGUUACAACCUAGAGACAUGUACUGGAACCCCACUGGAAUGAUGAACAACUGGUGGCAUCGAGUCGCCAUCCAUAAGACCGAAGUGGAUGGCAAGCUGAAGUUGCGUUUCGAGCAUCCUACUCUUGCUGGUGUACAGACCGGAGGAUGGAUGCAGCGUAUGAAAGAUGAGGGUCAAGACAUCUCUAAACCAAUCUUUGGUGACGCUGCGAGUGCUUCAGCUGAACCUAAGAAGCCUGCUCCCAAGCCGCAAACAGUAAAGAUGACAAAGGAUGAUGUUGUGAAAACGAUUACUCUAUCAGAGCUUGAGUCUCAUGGCGCUGAAUCAUCUGAACCUUGGUUCAUUGUAAAUGGUCAGGUGUAUGAUGGCACUGCUUUCUUGAGUCAGCAUCCUGGAGGAGCCGAGUCUAUCAAACUUGCCGCUGGGGAAGAUGCAACCGACGAUUUCAUGGGAUUACACUCAGCAUCGGCGAAGAAACAGUUGGCUGGAUUUCAUAUCGGCACUAUAGCCAACACAGCUGGCGACUCCGAAAAAUCUGAAAAGACGAAUGAAACGACUACCAUCUCAGAGGUUUUCUUAGACAAAAAGAAAUGGAAACGUUCAAAGUUAACAAAAGUGAUCAAGAUUAGUCAAGAUACAAGCCAUUUUACUUUUGCUCUCGAAUCUGAAGAUCAAUCACUUGGACUUCCUACUGGACAACACGUUUAUCUUCGGGUGGCAUCGGAUGAUGGUACAUUUAUACAACGUGCUUAUACUCCUAUUAGUAAGGAACACCAAAAAGGCACGAUAGAAUUCGUGAUCAAACUUUAUCUUCCAUCGAAGCAAUUCCCUGAAGGAGGAAAGAUGUCAGUUGCACUUUCUAAUGUAAAGGUUGGUGAUCAAAUAGAUAUGAAGGGACCACUUGGAUCUUUCAUCUGGUUUAAAGAUGGAGCUUGUUCAUGGAAGGGAACGGCCCGCCAUACUCGUAACUUGGCGUUGAUUUGUGGUGGAUCUGGGGUGACUCCGAUCAUUCAAGUGAUUCGUGGAGUACUGGAGGACGAAACCGAUUCUGAGACUAAGAUGUGGUUGAUCGAUGCCAACAGAACUCAAGGGGAUAUCUUGUUAUACAAAGAACUAAAUGAGUUGGAAACUAAACACCCAGAUCGAUUGAAAGUAUUCCACGUGUUAUCAAAUGCUGAUGAUGAAUGGAAAGGUGAAAGAGGUAGGGUGACGAAAGACCACCUUAAUCAACAUCUCCCUUCCCCUGAUGUUGAUACCAUGGCGUUUUAUUGCGGGCCGCCUGGACUAUUGGAUCAAGUUGUGACUCCUAAUUUGAAAGAAUUGGGGUGGGACUUGGAGCGGAAUUUGGUCUUGUUCUGA